AUGGAUGAUCGAUAUCGCAAACGGGCCAUGCUUUCGAGGAGGCCUGCCCCUGCGCCGGCCCUUGCGCCUGUUGCGCUUUUCUCCAGGUAUCGCGCUGCGAAAGCCUCGUCUAUUCGGUCGAGGCGAAAUCUACGAGAUAGCGCCAGCUCUGGUAGCUCCAGACGCAUAGAGAAGAGAAGACCGGCUGGCCCACCAGAUGUAUCAAGUCCAACCCGACCCCCCACCUCCCCCAUCGUAAUCCUCCGCGUGGGACCCCAACAACGCCUCUUCGCAGCCCACGAAUCCAUCCUCAGCGCAUCCCCCUUCUUCGCGGCCCAAUGCUCCUCGCAAACCCCGAGUCCCCCUCCCCCAUCCCACCCACACAUCCACGCCCCCAGCAAACGCAUCGACCUAGCAAACGAACACCCCGAAAUCCUCUCCUGCGUCCUAGAAUACCUCUACAAGGGCGACUACACUCCGCGCCUGCAACACAAUCCUGCAAAAGGAAUCUGGACUUUGGAAGAUGACAUCCCACAAUCAACAACCACUCCAAAUCCCUCCACCAUCGGUGCAACCUCCUCAACCCUCUCCCCAACCGCAGUAAUCUGGCACCAGACCGCCAACGCCCCCAUCCUCCGCGACACAGCCAUCUACUGCGCCGCCCUAACAUACCGUCUCCCCUCGCUGGCACGUCUCGCACUGCGCAAACAGGGUCUACACGUGGGUAUACCCUGCCGAACAAUCCUGGCCAGUGCGCGGUUCGCGUAUGCGAAUACGCCGGACACGGAGUCGAGACUAAGGGCGCAUUAUUUGGCGCUUAUCAUUAGGUGUCGGGGCACUUUUAAGAGGAGUGGUACUAUGCAGGUUGAGAUGGAGAGGGGGGGGGAGGUUGUUUUUUGA